UUGCUGGUAUUUCCCGGGUAUCAUUGUGUUUUGCCACCUUCCUGGCAAUCCAUUCCAGGCCUCUUGUCCACGCUCAAAUCAGACUUCGCUACCAGUUUGACAGAUGCCCUUCUCAUCGGACAAAGGUAAUGACGUGCACAGCCACAAAUCUGCCGAGGAAGAAGUACCACCGUAUACGGAGCAGCCGCUCAGGGACCGGCGCCAAAGGGUGCUUCGCCGUGCUCGCGGAACUGCCAGAAGGAUAAUGAGAGCCUUCCAUCCGUUAUGGAGAGUGGCUCUUCCGGUAGUUGGAUUCAUUCUGAGUCUGCUUUGUUGGUGUCUCUGCUUUCCUGUGCCUCUCGUCUGGUGAUUGGGUGGACGCACUCGAUUGAGAGAGAUGAUGGACCUCGCUUUCAGAAAAUGGACGAUUUCCACUUCAGGGCUGGAAACAACAAUGUUCCCUUCGAGAUUUUGAAAAUAAGUAACCGGCGGCGGAGAUCGAGUGUCUC